UCUCCACCAUCACUGAGAAGUCACCGGUUCUCAAUGGCGAAACUCCUCUCCCGCUCCUCCACCGCCUCGCGCGUCGCAAACCGUUUCUUUUCCACCUCCACCAGACCCGCCGCUCCUUCUCACUCUAACCUCAUCUCCCGCAGAUCCUCACCGACGCUGUUCCAUUUCAUGGGAUUCAUCCCUGAUUCGACCCGUUUGACGACGAUCCGGACCCGGAUGGAUAGGUCCGGUGGAUCGUAUUCGCCGCUUAAAUCCGGAUCCAAUUUCAGCGACAGAGCACCUACGGAGAUGGCGCCGCUAUUCCCCGGCUGCGACUAUGAGCAUUGGCUCAUCGUUAUGGAGAAGCCUGGCGGUGAAAACGCGAGUAGACAGCAAAUGAUUGAUUGUUAUGUUCAGACACUUGCCAAAAUUGUCGGAAGUGAGGAAGAAGCUAAGAGGAAGAUCUAUAAUGUUUCGUGCGAGAGGUACUUUGGUUUUGGUUGUGAGAUCGAUGAAGAGACAUCAAACAAACUGGAAGGAUUACCUGGUGUUCUCUUCGUGCUUCCGGAUUCUUAUGUUGAUCCUGAGUACAAAGAUUACGGAGCUGAGUUGUUUGUGAACGGGGAAGUGGUUCAGCGUCCACCAGAGAGACAGAGGAAGAUAAUGGAGUUAACGACUCAACGAAGCUCUGAUAAGCCGAGGUACAAUGACAGAACCAGAAAUGUCCGACGGAGAGAUAACAUGCGUUAAGACCUUUAGUGCUCCAGAGUCUAUUGUGUUAAAACAUCUCCUUUGCCUUUGAACUUGGAUCGUAUUUGUCUUUCUUGGUUAAUGAUAUGAAUAAUGUAAAUUGUGAUCAUGAUGAUGAUGAUGAUUCUGUUUGGUCGCGUGAAGCUUUACUUUAUCAUAUCUCUUAUUGAUUUUAACG